AUGGAGCAAUGCAGAGGCGUCCAGGUCGCAGCCUCGAUCAGAUGCGGGGACUUCGACACAACACCACGAGCCGACCUGAAGAGACGACUACGGGCGUUGCUUCGGCAGGAAAAGCUAUAUACAAGGAGUGUCUACCUUCAACGACAGCUCCUCCAAUCGCCACAGAAUAAAAGGAGGGGCACUAUGGAAUGUCGGAACGGUAUGCAGGGAAGUCGGGCAAUAUACUCAUUCAGAUGCCGGCAUGGGCGUACUCGCCAAGAAACGGUCGACGUACGAAUAGUUACAAACCCGAGUGAUCCCGUUAAGCUGCCAUGCGCGCAGAGCAGUGUCGGUCAUCGAAUAAGACCAAGCGCCGGCCUAAGGGAAGUUCAACGAAACCUUGCUGAAGGCAGUGGUGCUGAUGAUCGGGGCCAGUGUACUUCGUCUGUUAUCAGCGUGGACAUGGGCUCAAGGAUACAUGAGAGGAAGAGUCGCUUUAGGGCGAAUGCUCUAACCGUAAAACCCGAACUAACAGCAUUCGGCACUGUGCCGAGCAAUUGCAUUGGCAUUUCCGAUAGAAGCGAGAUCUGCAGUGGAUGCACCUCCCGACAUAGGUCCGUCGAUACACGUGCAGGGGAACAAGCACUGUGGGAUGUCUCUGUAGUAUCCAGUCGGGAUGAGGAAAAUACUCUGAAAGUGAGGGCGAAACGUGCCAAAGACAACGUUCCGUCCUGCGAUGGGGAACACGACUGUACAGGCAGGAAAUGCAUUGAAUUGCACAGCAUUUGCCGUGAUGAAUUCACUGAAGACUCUCAUAAAAACGGGUCUGUGAAGCCUCUCAGUGCUGCAUGCACUGCAAAUACAGCAACUGGAAAUAUUCAGCAAGAACGACACACGCAGGAACCGUUCGCAUUUUGGGGGGACGUGAGUAGCCUACGACACUUGAGUGGACACUGUGCUUUGACAUCGAAAACCCAGCUAAAAGGCCAGCCGCGAAAGGCCGGUGCACUCAGCUUGGAACAGUCUCCUGGCAGACAGGAGGGAUCCCUGUGCACAACGUCAGAAGCAUGCAGUGAUGCGGUGCAAAGACCGACGAUGGGAGGGUGGCCAGAGUGCGUUGUGAGCAUGCUAGGCCCAGAUAUAUUCAACCGACUUAAGGAAGAACCGUAG